ACGCUUUCUGUUGGACCCACUCACCACUUAUUGAGUUUGUAGGAGAAGAAGCAGAUGAUAUGGGGGGACCGCAGCGAGAGUUUUUCAGACUCUUGAUGAUAGAGGUACAGACCUCCCUGGGCAUUUUUGAGGGAAAGGCUGGCCAGCUCUUUCUUAGUUACGACCAAGCAGCACUAGACCAGUGUAAAUAUUUCAGAGGUGGCAACCUCAUCGCUUGGUCGAUUGCCCACGGAGGUCCGUGUAUCAAAGCCCUGGACCCCAGCCUCUUCCAGCUGAUGUGCGGACAGGAGCCUCCACUGGAGCAGUUUGACUGGCGUGUGCUCCCUGACCCAGAUGUGCAAAGCAAAGUCAACAGGAUCCUACAGUGCAAGACUGCAGGGGACCUGACUCAGCUCCAGCAAGACCUGGGGGACUGGAUUGCAGAGUGCGGCGUCCCAAGCGUAUUUAGUGCCACAGGUGAAGACAUACCAAAAGUCUACGCGUAUGUGGUGAAGCACUACAUCUUUCUCAGAACGGCCAAGAUGAUCCUCCAGUUCACAGACGGAAUGAAUGCAUUCGGGAAGCUGUGGGACCUGGUGAGGAAGAACUGGAUUGCCUUCCUGCCUUUGUUCACCAACAUGCAGGAGCCCAUGUCAAAGGCAGCCUUCAAGGCCCUCUUCAGUUACAACUACAGCAGGAGAGGCAGCAACCAUCGCGAGGCAGAGGAGGACACCAUCUACUGCUGGGAGAUGGUGCUUAACAUGAUUGAAGGUACGUUAUAUUCCUUUAUGAAAAUGUUAGAGCACUAAUUAUGAAACCUUACACACUACACAAACAUCCAUGAAUGUACUGUGACAGAAGGAAAAUA